CCCCCAUUACGUGAGAAUCAAGUUUACUCGCUGGAGAACUAAGAGGAUACCCCCGAUCCAAUUCGAUCAGUCAUAAAUGCUAGCUGCCAGAAUGAGGUUCGUGCAAUAUCUGCGCAAAGGUGACCUGGCCAAGCGCCUGGGCCUGCUGGCCGAAGAUCAAAAGUCCCUGGUGGAGCUCUCCGGUUUGGAGGGAGUCCCCAGUGAUCUGAAAACCCUUAUUGCUCAGAACCCCAACCUGGAGGAGCUGGCUCAGAAGGCGGCCAAGCAGCCGCAACUUGAGCUGAGCAGUGACGUCACUCUGCUGCCCCCAAUCAGCGAUCCCGGCAAGAUCAUCUGCAUUGGAUUAAACUACCAGGACCACUGUGACGAGCAGAACAAGCCAGCGCCCAAGGAACCCAUGUUCUUCAGCAAGUUCAACAACGCGCUGGUGGGUCCCAACGAUAAUGUCAUCGCCCACACGGCCAGCAGUAAAAUCGACUGGGAGGUGGAGCUAGUCUGUGUCAUUGGCAAGGUCGCCCGCAAGGUGCCCAAAGACCAGGCCAUGGACUAUGUCUUUGGUUUUAGUGUGGCCCAGGACAUCUCUGCCCGCGACUGGCAGAAGGAGCGCAACGGCGGUCAGUUCCUCAUCGGCAAGUCGAUGGAUACUUUCCUGCCGCUGGGUCCCUCGGUGGUGCACAAGAGCCUGGUUAAGGAUGUUUACAAUCUGCAGCUAAGGACCUGGGUGAACGACGUGGAGAAGCAGAACGGCAAUACCGGUAAUCUGAUCUUUAAGCUGGACGACGUUAUCAACAGGUUGUCGGACACCAUCACUUUGCUGCCCGGCGAUAUCAUCGUAACGGGAACGCCCAAGGGCGUGGGUAUGCACCGCAAUCCCCCAGAGUUCCUAAAGCCCGGCGAUGUUGUCAAGUCGGAAAUUGCCGGACUGGGCAAGCUCUGCAACAAGGUCGUGGCCCCUUAAGUUCGGCAUUCCUUAAUUAUUUGUUGUAUUUGAUUUGUUAAACACUGGCUUUUGAAACUUGAGUUUUAAUGGGCAUUAAGCUGUAAGCUUUUUACCCCCACAAUUA